AUGGCUCCUUCCGUGAUCGACGGCAAUGGCUGCAGGUUCCACUCUGGCAGAGGCGGUGCGUCCUUCAGCAGCAAGACGAGCCAUGGCUUCAGGACCUUCAGGAGCAUCAAUGCUGCUGCUGCCGUCCUGCUGCUGGUGGUUCUGCUGAUGGUGUUGAAUCUGCCGUUAAGCGUGCUCGCCGAGAAUAAGCUGCUUCCCUGCACCUACUCCAACAUCAAGGGGUACACCUCGUCUGUGCGUCCCUUCAAGGGGCUGCGUCUGAACUGGAAGGUAGUAGGAAGCACUGUUAAGUUCGACCUCCGCGCGACUGGCCCACCCAGCAAGGGCUGGUUCAGCGUUGGCUUCUCCACUGAUGGGGAGAUGACUGGCGACGCCAUCACUGUCCCUUCCAGCACUGCCACGUCAGCAACGAUCCACGCGCUCACAGGCACGAGCAGCGCCAGCGUGGCGGAGAGCACUGAUUGGACGCCGGCAAAAUUGGCGAUUAAGAGGAAGGGCGGUGGUGCUUCUCUCAAGUUUGAGCGGUCUGCGAGCGAUGGCAGUCCUGUGCCGUUCAACCCCAAGGGCAAGAACAUUCUCAUGUUUGCAUACAAGAGCACAGAGUUUGACACCAGCAACAUGCAUGAUGAGGAUGCGCAUGUGAUUGUCAACAUGGCCUGCAACCCCUGCAAGCGCCCCUUCGGUUUCCUCUUCUGCCGGGGUUGA